GUUCUUUUUUCUUUUUCAGUCUCUUUGGAACAGAUAGUCACCAUGUUUAGAUAUUAGCAAGCACAUCUGUGCGUGUCGGCAUUCGAAGAUGGCAGAGGGCAGUAACAAUGAAGAGGUGAUUCACUUCAACGGCUUUCACUGCCACCAGGGACAAGACUGGAUCGGUCUCAGAGAUGGACCCAUCACCAUAUCCGACGACUCUGAUGAGGAAGGGGUUCCAAUGCUGGUCACCCCAGCUCCUCAGCAACAUGACGAAGAGGACCUGGAUGAUGAUGUCAUCCUGACGGAAACAAGUAAACCGCAAACAUCACGACCCAAUCUCAUCAAACCAGCUGCCCAGUGGCAAGAUCUCAAAAAUUUGGGAGAAGAAAGGCCUAAAAAGUCUAGAGCAGCCUUUGAAUCAAAUAAGAACAGCUUUUUUUCAGUGUAUAACAGCUCAUUGUUUGAUUCUGGGGCACAGGAUGAUUCUGAGGAUGACUACGGUGAAUUUCUGGAUCUUGGGCCUCCUGGAGUUUCUGAAUUCAUUAAGCCAAGUAGCCAAACAAAAAGAGAACCCAAGCCUGGACCAAGUCAUAACCAAGCAGCAAAUGAUAUGGUCAAACCCAGAUCAGGGCCAAAAAUCAUUAUCUGGGGAGAAAAUAGUCUUCUUUUUCCAGAAGGCAAUCCUUUGCGCACUCGGAACCAGUCAUCUGAAGACUCAGAGACAGAGCUGUUAUCAAACCUCGGAGAAUCAGCUGCCAUCCUAGAUGACCAGACCAUCGAAGACGACUACUGGUUAGACCACCCUUAUUUUCGAUCUUUAAACCAGCAGGCACGUGAGAUAACAAACCAGGUGGUCCCUCAGGAGCGGCAGCCAGCAGGAGAACUGGGCCCACUGUUGUAUCAGCACAAGCGCCCAGGGCUGGCUUUCCCACGGCCAGAGCCCCAGCAGGAUGGGAUUCCGGGCCCCUCUUCUCCUCCUCCUGCCCAACCUCUGGGAGAGCUUGAAGACCAGCAGUUAGCAAUAGAUGACGAAGAACCAGGCCCAGCCUUUCCGCUGCCAGGAUCUCAGGAGCCCAAUUUGGAAAACCUUUGGGGGCAAGAAGCUGCGGAGGUAGAUCAAGAAGUCGUUGCACUAUUAGUGAAAGAAACAGAAGCGAGAUUUCCAGAUGUAGCAAAUGGAUAUAUUGAGGAAAUAAUUCAUUUGAAGAAUUAUUAUGAUUUGAAUGUACUUUGUAAUUUUCUUCUGGAAAAUCCAGAUUAUCCAAAGAGAGAAGAUCGAGUCAUUAUCAACCCCAGUAGCAGCCUGCUUGCCAGCCAAGAUGAGACAAAGUUGCCUAAGGUAGACUUUUUUGACUACUCUAAGUUGGCUCCUCUUGACCAGCGCUGCUUCAUCCAAGCUGCCGAUCUCCUGAUGGCCGACUUCAAAAUGCUCAGCAGUCAGGACAUCAAGUGGGCCCUGCACGAGCUCAAAGGACACUAUGCAAUCACCCGAAAGGCCUUUUCUGAUGCCAUUAAAAAAUGGCAAGAGCUAUCGCCAGAAACCAGUGGAAAAAGAAAAAAGAGAAAAGAAAUGAAUCAGUAUUCUUACAUAGAUUUCAAAUUUGAACAAGGUGACAUAAAAAUAGAAAAGAGGAUGUUCUUUCUGGAAAAUAAGCGGCGACAUUGUAGGUCCUAUGACCGGCAUGCCCUCCUUCCAGCUGUGCAGCAAGAGCAGGAGUUCUAUGAACAGAAAAUCAAAGAGAUGGCAGAGCAUGAAGAUUUUUUGCUUGCUCUGCAGAUGAAUGAAGAACAAUAUCAAAAGGAUGGCCAGCUGAUUGAGUGCCGCUGCUGCUACGGGGAAUUCCCAUUCGAGGAGCUGACGCAGUGUGCAGAUGCUCACUUGUUCUGCAAAGAGUGUCUCAUCAGAUACGCGCAGGAGGCCGUCUUUGGAUCUGGAAAGGCAGAGCUCAGCUGCAUGGAAGGCAGCUGCACGUGCUCAUUCCCGACCAGUGAGCUGGAGAAGGUGCUUCCGCAGACCAUCCUGUACAGGUACUACGAGCGGAAAGCCGAAGAGGAAGUCGCCGCCGCCUAUGCCGAUGAGCUGGUCAGGUGCCCCUCUUGUAGCUUUCCUGCUCUGCUGGACAGUGACGUGAAGAGGUUCAGUUGUCCCAAUCCGCGCUGCCGAAAGGAAACCUGUAGGAAGUGUCAGGGACUCUGGAAGGAGCACAAUGGCCUCACCUGUGAGGAGCUGGCUGAAAAAGAUGACAUCAAGUACCGAACAUCUAUUGAAGAAAAAAUGACUGCCGCCCGCAUUAGAAAAUGCCACAAAUGCGGGACCGGCCUCAUCAAAUCUGAAGGCUGCAACCGCAUGUCCUGCCGCUGCGGCGCCCAAAUGUGCUACCUCUGUCGAGUAUCCAUCAACGGGUAUGACCACUUCUGCCAGCACCCGCGCUCUCCGGGAGCCCCCUGCCAGGAGUGUUCGAGAUGUUCUCUCUGGACUGACCCCACGGAAGAUGAUGAGAAGCUAAUUGAAGAAAUCCAGAAGGAGGCCGAAGAAGAACAGAAAAGAAAGAAUGGAGAAAACACCUUUAAACGCAUCGGGCCCCCCUUGGAGAAGCCCCCAGAGAAAGUGCAGAGAGUGGAAGCCCUGCCGAGGCCCGUCCCGCAGAACCUGCACCAGCCGCAGAUGCCCCCCUACGCCUUCGUGCACCCACCCUUCCCCCUGCCGCCCGUCCGGCCCGUGUUCAACAACUUCCCCCUGAACAUGGGCCCCAUCCCCGCACCCUACGUGCCGCCUCUUCCCAACGUGCGGGUCAACUACGACUUCGCCCCUGUCCACCUGCCCCUGGAGCACAACCUGCCCAUGCACUUUGGCCCCCAGCCACGGCAUCGCUUCUGAUGCCUGGGCCCUGCCCCUCCUGGAGCCCCGCAGCGGGGCGGCUGGGUCCUCUGCCCCCAGCCAGCGGGUCUGCCGUGCCUUCCUAGGAGGGGUGCCGGGCUCGGCUCCUGAAAGGACAGGCUGCUCUUCCCACUUCCCCCCGGGAAGCGCCUCUGCCCCUUAGAGUCGCCAGCAGGCUAGCUGGGCCAGAGGGGGCGCAGCACCCACUUCCUCAUGAGUUCUGCCACCCCAGCUGCCAUUCCAGUGGCCCUGGCCACGAGGCAACCCAUCUCUGUUCUGUCACCCGUGUUCCUGCAGGAGACGAGGGGAAUGUUUGCCUCCCACCCCUCUCCAGCAGACAGAAUUCUCUCAGUUCAAACCAUGUAGGCCUUCCUGUGCAGCGCCGCUGGUCCCCAGCAAAGCCCAAGUGACGAGUGGAGCCGUCGGGGGGGCGGAGCGGUGGGAGCCGUGUAGCGAAGGCCGGGUCUCCUGCUGCCUCGAGCUGCUGACCCGAGUGAGGUGGCAGAGCGGUGUCCACAGGCCCGGGAGCACCACUCAGGGUGGGGAAGCUGCAGACCGUGUCCCCUACGUCUAGAACCCCGGUGACCGUUGGGUCUCUCUCUCCUUUUGUCCACUCAGAUGAGACCACAGAGAGACCAUCUCGUGCUAUAGGUUCUGUUUUGUAGUUUAAGGAAAUGUUUGCUGUUUACUCGCUUUGACCUUACCUAGUUUUCCGUGGCCCACCAGAUUCUCCCUCAUGGAAGGUCAGAGAAACUCGUUCUCCCAGGUCAGGCCGCCUGUGCGGUCUGCGUGGUCCUGAAGCUUCAGCCAAAGGAGAUCUCUUUGAGGCAGCAGUAACGGGCCUGGUGGCUCUCCCGGGCAGCCCAGCUACUGGAGAGCCUUCUCUGCUACCAACCAGGCAGUGAACAGCUCCCCUAGGUUUGGGGCAAUGGGUGUCCCCAGGGGCCAGGUGACCCAGGUUGUGCCCACCCGAGAUCUACCCGGCCGGUCGUUGCUCUGCGGCCCAGCAGCUGCUCCCCUGAGGGUGGGCAAGUCCGCACGGGGUCCCUUCUGUGUUCCCGCUCCCUUUUCCUGUCCAGCCCCCGCCCAGGGUUUGAGCCACCCACUGUGCGGUACGUCACACGCCAGGCUGUGCAGAGCUAAGGCCUCGGCUGAGGCCAAGCCUGUCUGGCUCCCCAUGUAAGUGCGUCCAUGUUGCUGUGCCUCUGGCGGCGGUGGGGUUCCCACAAGCACGUAGUGCGCCCACACACCAGAGGAGGAUGAGCUUCUGGCCAGUCGCAGACACCGUCCCACCCUCUGCACCACCCAGACCUGCUCCCCGCUGUUGGGACUGAGCGUUGCUAGGUGCCGUCCCCGCUGCCGUUGGCUUCUUGGUUGUAUUUCAAGGAAUAAAAUGGGGUAAAUCUGCUAAGGUGCCCUUUCUUGCUGCUUUUCCUCCGGGUGAGGGCUUUGCAGUAGGCGGUCGUCGGGGCACAGGGUGGGGCCGGUGAGGACAGGCCUGCGCCAGGUCUCCACUGCCGGGACCUCUCCCUGGGGGGCUGUCUGCACCUCACUGCCAGCCUGAAUGGCAGUGCCUUGGGAGAGCCCUGAUGGGGCACACUGCGGGCGCAGUGACAGGUACCUUCAAAGCAUGUCACCCGUGCUUCCCCCAGGGGAAGGUCUCAGAUCAGUGAGCGCCAGCAGACAUCCCACCAGAUGGGGAGGGCGACCUCAGGCACUGUCCUGGCCCACUGGUGACAGCGCUUGUCCUGGCCCCCAGGCCACACCCUGAACCUCCUAGGCUGCCUGAGCCAAUUUGUUCCCCUCUGCCCCACAGCCCCGGGCCUGUGCCUCCAGGGCCCGGGCAGCUGCGCGGACAGACCCUGAACGAUGGCUUGCACCAUCCUUGCCAUAGCGAGGGACUUGGCGUGCAAGGGUGUCCUUGGCACGGGAGGGAGGGGUCCAGAAUAAUGGUUCCCCCUAAGGCCAAAUGGAGGACUUCACCUUUGAGCAGAGUUCCGACUGUUUCUAGGCCCACACACUGCUCGAGAGCCACCCCUGCCUUUCUGAACCGCGGCACCUGGUUCCUGACGUCCCCGUGCGGGUCAGGGCUCGCGGUAUGGCUCAGUCGCUGCUCUGGAGAAGUUCACUGCCAUCAGUUGUGUCCCUACAUGAUCCUCUAGACACCUCAGUGUCCCAGAGGCAGGACCUGCACACCUGGCACCUCAACCAUUCAGCACUAGUGAUGGGGUUUGGUGGCGAGACGGGGCCACAGUCAUCUGACAAGCCAGCAAGUGACUGCAAGAUGCAAAUAACAGGAAAUCCAGAGAGAUCAGAGUCUAAGGGACAAAGCAGGAGUCCCGGAGACAGAGGUGGCCUGGCACCUUCCCUUCUGGGCCUCUGUGCUUCCUCCCCGGAGCAAGACGGCCCAGUGACAGUCCCAUUCCACUUGCCUUAAAACUGGAAAAAGGAAUCUAGUAUUUGCACUUAGCAAAAGAUUUUAAAACUUAAAAAGUGCAUGACCUGUCACUUUGUAUAAAAAUAGCAAAAAUUAUUAAAUUUGUUCUUUACCUUCUGGUAGUAAAAAUACAUAAAAUAAUUGUUUCGACUACUGUGUGUAAAAAGCCUGUAUCAUGUACCUUGGACUUUUUGUAAAUAAACGUUUGUGUGCCCUGUC